UCCAUGGCCAUAAUUAUAGCAACUAAUGACAGAUCGAUCGAGCCAUGAGGACGCGUCAGUUGCGGCUCGUGUCGCCUGGAAUGUAGUCGUUUAGAAGGCCAACGACUAUACGCGCACGAAGAAAGAAAGAAACACGGAAGGGAGAAAGAGAAAGAAAGAGAGAGAGAAAGAGAAAAGGACAGAGGAACGUUGGUGCAUACUUAUCGAAAGAACGUCGUGAACCGAGAAGAAUCCACCGGAAAUAACGGUGACGUGGCGACAGGCAAAUGUCCUCGUCGAGCUUCCGCGAGAGCCCGUCGACGAGCUACUCACGAGAAGCGGCAGGAAACAGAGAUACCGACGGCGACGCCAGACGUCGCUCCACCGCAGUGUCAAUUUCACGAUAAAACUGGAGAAACCGGGAGACCCAAACUAGUCAAUCCGCGAUUUACUCGAUUUAUCCCCCCUUCCCUUUUUGGCUGUGUUUAUCCUUAACAAACAAAAAAAAAAAUAUAUAUAUAUAUAUAUACAUACAUCGUAAUCGAUAGUGUUCAGAUCGUACGAUCCCUCGUAAAUAUCUACGCCUUCUCGGAAUGUCCGGUCGCGUGUGAAUCGAAUUCUCCUCGCAAGGAGAAAGAGUCAACGACGAGGGAGACCGGAGAGGAGACGACGUCAAUAUUAGUUGUAUAGUCUAGUGAUACAAAAGAAAAGAGAAAGGAAGAGUCGUCUUAGAUAUAUUACCGCACGUAGUGCAAACGUAGCGAGUUCGAAGUUCGUACGAUUUCGCGUCGUAAUCGCAAAUCCAACGAUAAUCCGUGUGAUCGACGAAAAAGAAAGCAAUAAUUUAAAAAGGAAAUCAAUAUUCGUAAGUAACGCGAUUAACGCGAUCGGUUUUUGCCUGGUGUGUUCCGCUGGUGUGUUUCGCCGCGUGUGCAUCGACCGAGCACGCGUCACGUGUCUCGUUAUAUCGAAGCUGCUGAAGGAACGAGGGACAGUGCAUCGGCAGAAUGGCGUUCGCUGCGGCGAGAAUGAUCCUGAAGGACAAGCGACGGAAGGCCAGCAAGGAAGAUUUCGCGCCAAGAAACAGGAGCAAGGCCCGCAGCGCCAGUACAAGUAGCUUUAGAAGCCUGAGCCAGGCUCGCAACAAACCGGCAGAUGGAGUAGGCCACGUGAAUCAGAAGGGCUCGACAGGUCAGAAAGCGCCGCUGACUGCCGGACAGAAGGUGCCGCCCGGUGCGAAAGUUGCAGCGAAACCAGCUCAGAAACCCACUGCUCAGAAGGGACAGGUGAAAGUCACGCCUAAAGCCGCUUCCGUCAAGACUGGCAAGAACAAAAAGAAGGGACAGAGGCAGCAGUACGAUCUCAUCGUCACCAUCAAUUUGUCUGAAUAUGGGCUCACGGAGGAUCAAGUGGCCGAAUUCAAAGAGGCGUUCAUGCUUUUCGACAAAGACGAAGAUGGCACCAUCACGAUGGCGGAACUUGGCGUGGUCAUGCGAUCACUGGGACAGCGACCGUCUGAGACGGAAUUACGAGACAUGGUGAACGAGGUGGAUCAAGAUGGCAACGGUACCAUUGAGUUCAACGAGUUCUUGCAGAUGAUGUCAAAGAAGAUGAAGGGUGCCGACGGUGAGGACGAAUUGCGCGAAGCGUUCAGAGUGUUCGACAAGAACAACGACGGUCUGAUCUCGUCGAAAGAGUUGCGACACGUGAUGACGAAUCUCGGGGAGAAGCUGUCGGAGGAAGAAGUGGACGAUAUGAUCAAGGAAGCGGAUUUGGAUGGCGACGGAAUGGUGAACUACGAAGAAUUCGUGACAAUCCUGACGUCGAAGAAUUAGUUUGGUGGUCACGGAUCGGACAAGAAGCUAUCCAGCUGCCGGAAGUCUUCGUCGAAGAACAAAAUCAAGCCCGUGAAGUUCCUCUCCCGAGCCGUAGCAGGACGUUCAUUCACUCCAACCCUACCGACUGCAAAAACUCGUAGAGAUUACAACAACGUACUAAAGGGAAACUAGCUGAGAAAUCUUCGAAGAAGCUCGCGAAGCGAAGAAAGAUGGAACAACCGCGCUGUUACUUAUCUUCGAUUCGACGAAGAAGACGAGCUGAACCGAGUUCAAGUUGAAUAGAAUUUACGUGUGGUUCUCGCAGCUUUUUUCCCCGCGCGGAGGUAAGUCGGUAAAAUCGGGAAAAUUGAGAAACUUGUCUGGUGAGCGGUGGAGUGACGAGCGAUGGAGUGGCGUAUUGGAAAGUUUUAGAAAGGAAGAAUGAAGAGAGAGAAAAAGAAAGAGAGAGAGAGAGAGUGAAUGAGGAGGGUGACUUCCGCAGUUGCACACGCAUACACCCAUACACACCUCGCUCCUUCGAAUUAAUUUUACAACUAAUAAGCUAGCGGAACGACAUUAUACGUGAGAAAACCGAGUGAGGUGCCCGCUCCCGAAACAAUCAACUGAGCUUCGUUUAGCGUUUACCUACCUAUACUACCUAUACUCUCUAUUAAUGCUAUACAACGUCGUUAUUGAUAUCGUUAGGUAAUCAAAUCGAUCCUUCUGCAUCCAAUUUUCACCGAUCUCUCAUUCACGCGAUGCUACUGGCAUGACGAUCUCGUUCAAGCGCUAACGACAGGCCUAAAAUUGCACUCUAGGGACGCGCGCGACGUCGACGCGACAGAUCGUGUGGCAUCGGAAAGUACAAACAGUGUCCAGAAAUUGUCUCGCUGAGGUUCGUCAAGAAGAGGCCACAGCUUUGUUAGAGACGUAGUUGACGAUAUUAGCUCGAUCGAGAUCGCUUUGACGACGCAACGUAAUGGUAAUCAACCGAUUAACAGCCAAGCGAUUAUUCGAUCUUUACACUUUAGAAAAUUUUUAUUCGAAUCUUAGAAGUCGAGCGCGCGAUAACAAUAAGAUACUAAAGCGAAUCUCGUUGGAAUUUCUUCUUUCAUAAGGAAAGGAAAUUUUUAUUACAUUAAAAAUUACAUGUUAGUUAAUUUCAAAUUGAAAGAACCUUAUCAACGGCGAGUCAAAUGGAUCCUUGGAAUUCAUUUUUAUAAGAGAGUAGAACAUUUUCAUUAUAUUGUUAAUGUUCAAUAUUGAAAGAUAACCAACUCGUUGGAAUUUUGUCAGAAAAGACAUUUAUCGCAUUGAAUAAUUAAAUAUUAAUAGUGCCGAAUUGAAAGAUAAAAUUUUGAAAUUCCGCACUAACUUAGGUUGGCCCUUAAUGGGUUGAUUAUCGAUGCGUUGGGAAGCAGUAAAAAUUGCCGGAUACCGAGGACCCGCAGUGAAACGAUCGAGAAUGCUUGUCAUCCCUUUUUUUUCACUUCUCUGUCGUUCGAUCGGUAUUGUUCCUCCAAAAUUUGGUAGACUCGCUUCGUAAACGAGACGAAUCCUCCCGGCUCGUUGUCGAGUCGUACUUGAAACAUUUAACCGUCGUUAACAACCGUGGCCGUGGGACUCGACGCGAGAGAUAGCGUCUGAUCAAACGAUCUGUCUUCAAAUUUAGAUGAGUGUCGCUGGCAAAGUAGAUCUAUAGUGAUAUAACGAUGAUACCUGCCCUCGUGGCAGAGUUUUUAGACGCAUGUUCACGGCGGUCGUGCGAACAAUACGAUCGUUGGAAAGCAAGAAUCAAAGCAAACAGUAGCGGAUCUUUCCCUUAAAUGUACCAAUUUAGCCAGUCGUGUAUAGCGAUCUCCGCAGUUUUAGUUUCACCGAGUUCGUUUUAUACAGGACGAUUUUCUUUCCUCUUUCUAAGGCAGCUCUUCCCCUCGAGGAGAGCUGAAAAUCUCGUGGGUGUUACCAAGAAUCUCUUGUUGUUAGUCCCGAAUUUAUAGAUCCUCUUGUCCAUUGUCCGUGCUCUCCUGUACCGAAUACACCGUCCACCUGAAGAAGAGAAAAAGAAAAAAAAAAUAAAAGAAAAAAGAAAGAAGAAACACCUUGACAUUCUCACUCCGUACACACACAGGCCAACUGUACUACGUCGUGCACCUUUUAGAUCCUUAAGAUAAGAAAGCCACAGCCGUAGCUCGCGAUAGAUGAUAGUUAAUUAGCGCGUAGUUGGAAGUACGUACACGUAAUAAAAUGAUGCAUUAUACACAUACCUAUUAUAUAUACCUAUACAUGGUGUUACUACCGGAAAAUACUUGAAGUAACGUUAUUAUGGAUAUUCAUAUAUAUAUUAUAUAUUUAGUAUAUACUUAUACAUACAUACGUACAUAUGUUAUAUAUACAUAUACACGUUAGCGACCGUACGUCGGUGGUAUACUGGCAUUGAUAUUUUUAUGGUUUUAAAAAAAAAAAAGAAAAUACUACAACAACAACAACAAGAACAAGUAUUAGUGUCAGAGAGA